GCGAACAAUGGAACCCAUUCGUGGCUUCUUAGAUUCCUGCUGUGGCAAAUAUGACUGUGUCGCGCGACAGAUUUGACUACAAGCCAGAAAAUAUAGAUACUAUUUUCAUGCAAGCAAAUGCAAAUAGCUGGAACUGCGCAAGAUUGAGCGAGAUCCGAAGAACUGACAAUUUCAUGACGGCGCGUCAACUUCCCUAUCUUCAGUACACACCACUUCGCCAGAGAUACUAGGUCAGGAGGAGAUAUCUCUGUCGGCUUCCCUCGGCUGGAAUUCCAUCUAGAUAAGUCGGAUCAUGAGCAGAUGCGAAGAGACUGGUGCCAAAAAGUGUCGAACUUGCUUGGAGGAAUGCAAAGAAUCGGUUUCUCUGUUCCAGCUUGCAGAGAUUUCCAGGAGAAUAUCAGAUGUGGCAUCCUUUCUCAAGGAAUUGACUGAUCUUGAAAUCACCGAAGAUGACGGUUUGCCGGCUUUCGUCUGCCUGGAGUGCUUGGAUAAAAUCACCAGCGCUCUGGCAUUCAAGGACAUGUGCAUAACAUCAGAUAGUAUCCUUCGUGGUGAUUCGAGAACGAAGACUGAAGAAAAUUCCGUUGGACAGCAAGUUGGGGGCGAAGAAACUCCUCGAAGGGGUGUCAAGAGGAAGAAAACCAGCAGCAAAGGCAGGAAGAAGGCUUCCAAAAAUGAGCCUUCUUACAAGUGCAACAUCUGCUGCAAGAUCCUCAGCAACUCAGGCUCCUAUCGUUAUCACAUGCGCCUACAUUCGGACGAGACUCCGUAUCUGUGCAGCCAAUGUGGUGAGAAGUUCAAGACCAGGAACGCCUAUGAUGGUCACAUGAUGACGCACAACUCCAACAAUCCGCACACCUGCAACAUUUGCGGCAAGUCCUACAGGCAGGCAGCUUCCUUGCGAUGCCACGUGCUGAACCACACUGGCGAGAAGCCCUUCCUGUGCGUCGUCUGCGGGAAGGGCAUGACGCAGAAGAGUGGCUACAAGAAGCACAUGCUCACGCACACAGGAGACAAGCCUCACCAGUGCGACAUCUGCAACAAGAGCUUCCGGUACUCGAGCAAUCUGCACGUCCACAGACGAUCGCACAGCAACACGAAGCCCUACAUUUGUAAUGAGUGCGCCAAGAGGUUCCACACGAAAGAGCAGCUCAAGCGACACGUUCUCAUCCACACAGGAACGAAGCCUUAUGCCUGUGACUUCUGCAGCAAAUGCUUCAACCGGCGCAGCACGCUGAAAGUGCACAGAUUCCUGCACACGGGCGAGAGGAAGUACAAGUGCACGCUGUGCCCCAAGAGCUACAUCCAGCAGCACUGCCUGGUGAGUCACAUGGCCACGCACGGUGGGAGGAAGUCCGCGCAGUCGAGCGAAAGCCAAUCUAGUGUUUAG